UUAUCGUCAAUAUCGAUUCACUUGUCUUCCACUGGUUGCAUUUUAUUGAUGAGUAUUGUUAUGAAGAAGUAGGAUCUUCUCCGAUCUCUGCUAUGAAUAGCAGUUACUGUUAUUAGUAUACUUUGGGAAGAUGGCCUUGCUUCAGGGCGGGAUCGCCUCCCUCGGAAGGUCGUUGAUCGGACGCUGUUCAACCUUGAAUGCAGUAACACUCCAGCCAUGCCGAGCGGCUUCUUUGGGUGGUAACAGAGAUUACCGAAAGGCGAAGAUUGACUUCAGCUGGCAGAAGCAAGGCCGUGCACAUCCUCACAUUCCCCUCAUUCUCAUGGAAGACGAUCCUGAACUGGGACCAAAGUACCGAGAAGUGAGAGUGAAGCGUCCACUGGCCAGACGCAUGAUCUUGCUGCAGAAAGCCGAGUACGCCAACUAUGUGACCCGGAAGAAGUAUGGACACUUGGCACCGAAAGAGGCCACUGCAGCUGCUGACUGGGCUAAUACCUGGUUUUUGGAGAACUUUCGGCUGCCUGUGCUGAUUCCACAAAGCGAGCCAUUUGGCUUCUAUGCAUCUGACAUUCAGAUUGCCAUUCGCCAGUUGGGAGUUCACUUGCCGCUGGACAACAUUUAUUUGCCGCGUCCGAUCUCAUCCUACGGCGACCACCGCAUCAGCAUCAUGGUGCCUACAGCAUCUGGUGAUGGCUUUGAACAGGUGACAGUGAUGGCGCAUGCCAUGCGGGAGGAAGACGCCAUGGCAAUCUAUCGCCAACGCCAAGGUGUUGAGACAGCCGAUGUGGCAGAAGACGAGGAGUAUGAGCUGGUCGGUGAGGUGAUCGACCAGUACAAGACUCUGAGGAGCAGCCGUGUCCGAGUCAAGGAGCAGAUGGAGGAUGACCGAGUUAGAAGAAUAAACGAGCUUCGGAAAAAGAGAGGUCUGCCACCGCUGCCUCUGCCUUCAGAGCGAAAGCAGCAGGAACAGCAAGAAGCGAAGCCAGCACAGCAGCAGCAGGGAGAAACGCAGGAGGAGGGUGAUGGUACAGCAGAAAAAUCACUUGCUCGCGUUUGAUUAGCUGGUGUUGGACACCUUUUCUGAUCUGCUUGACGUUUGUUGUGAUCAUAGUGUAUCUACAAUUAUACUUGCAGACAGUUCUAUUUUAAAUUUAACCCAACUUGAACGAGCAACUUCCACACCACGGGAUGAUGAUAAGUUAUGUAGAAGUGAAA